AAGAGUGGAGGUCCCGAGCCAUAGUCCUGAAACUGAAAAUUUUAAACAGCUUCAGUCCCCGCACAGCCUCUCUGUACAGCUAUUGCAAAACCCUAACUGCUCCUUAACCCUCUUUAAAGUAUUCGCAAUGACAACGUGUGCAGAGGUUAUGGUGAGAAUGUUGCAAUUGGUUGAGAUUGCCCAAUGAAGGAGAGGCUGCGGGUUGGAGGUGAAAGGCUGUGUCUGUGUCUGGAGCCGGAGCGUCCCCGGUCUCCUGACUCUGACUAUGCUGCUGCCGGUACACCGGCUCGCCAGUGUGUCCGUGACCGUGCUGGCUGCUGCCGCCCGCAGGAUCGGUUCGCUAUCUGCUCAGUUUGGACCUGCCGUUAGAAAGUCUGAAAUUGUUAUUCAGGCAAACAUGAAGGUGGAAAUGUUGCCAGCACUGGCUGAUAACUAUAUGUAUCUCCUCAUUGAUAAUGAAACCAGAGAAGCAGCAAUUGUGGAUCCAGUGGAACCUCAGAAGGUCGUUGAAGCAGUAAAAAAGCAUGGAGUAAAGCUGACUACGGUUCUUACCACACAUCACCACUGGGACCAUGCUGGAGGUAACACUGAGCUGGUGAAGAAGGUACCUGGUCUCCAGGUCUACGGUGGUGAUGACCGGAUUGGAGCUCUCACGUGCAAAGUGAGCCACAAGAAAACAUUCCAGGUUGGCUCUUUGAAUGUGAAAUGCCUGUUUACACCCUGUCAUACAUCAGGACAUAUCUGCUACUUUGUGACAAAAGAGAAUAGCAGUGAAGCACCAGCUGUAUUCACUGGCGAUACACUAUUUGUUGCUGGAUGUGGCAAAUUCUUUGAAGGAUCUGGUGAGGAAAUGUACCGAGCACUGAUUGACAUUCUCGGCGGCCUGCCACCUCAAACGAGAGUGUACUGCGGGCAUGAAUAUACCAUCAACAAUCUCAAAUUUGCCCGUCAUGUUGAACCAAACAAUGAAGCCAUCAGACAGAAAUUAGCCUGGGCAAAGGAACAUUAUGAUCUUGGAAAACCUACCAUCCCAUCCACUAUUGGGGAAGAGUUCAGUUACAACCCGUUCAUGAGAGUGAGGGAGAAGAGCGUCCAAGACCAUGUUGGACAGAAAGACCCAAUUUUGACCAUGGAUGCAGUCAGAAAAGAGAAAGAUCGAUUUCAAGUUCCAAAAGAUUAAUUGCAUCUGUACAAACACUUACCUCCAGCACAGUCUGGAGUGUGCCUGGAGUGGCAGUGAUUUACAAAGUACAUGUUCAGUAGUGAAUAUUCUGUGAAAUAAAUUGAAUUUGCUUUGCAGGUGGAAUUUGUAAAAUGUAUACAGAUUUUCUUGUGAUACAAUCAUUAAUGAUUGUCUGUAUGUUCUGAAGUGUAAGGGGCUUUAAUUCUAUUGUAACCUGCUUCCAUCCAGUUCUUUUUUCCCCCCUUUAAACCACAUCAUUUUCACUUCAGUACACGUCUGGUCUCCAAGAGCCAAGCAAAUAACUGAGUUGAUAUUGAUCCAGAAAUCCACUGCAAUUCUAAACCCCAGUGUUAACUUAUCAGUUUGACUUGGCAAUCAUGUAUUAUUGAGUGAUAAGCACCAAACAUUUGCAAAGUACCUCACCUCCAAGUUUGGAAAACAAAAUAUAAGACCGUAGAUUGCCCCACUCAAAUCCAUAAUGGAGGGGACACUUUUAAAGUUGCUAUAGACACAUAUCUCCUAAGUUCUUCUGACAAAAGAGGUAUAGGGUGAAUUUAACAAGUAGUGGUGUUUCCUGCUCCACCACUGCAAAUGCCAUCUGUCAGCUCUCCAGUGCCAGCAGCGGCACUCCCACCAAAGCAGAAUCAAAAACUAGAUGGAAGAUGAGGCUGGUGAAGCCUCAACCAUCUCUGAAAAACUGUAGCAAGGUUAGAUCCGGGGUGGGGGGGAUUGGUGUUAAGUGGCGCGACAGUGACCCUCAAAUUUAUGGCUUACCCAUAACCACUAAGGAUGGAGCUGCAAAAUUCUAUUCAGAAGCUCAUGAUAUUUGGUCACUCUGGUUUCAAGACUUAUGAUGUCUGCAUUGAAGUGUCCACUUCAUUAGACUCCCAUUUUUCUUCCCACCAUUCGAUCCCAAUUUAUUUGUUUCUGAAUUUUGAAAAUUGUGAAAUUCAGAUUAGCAGAUUCUCUUUUAGUUAGCAUAGUGGUUUGAACGAGAGAGAAUUAAUUAUACUUUAAGUAAUAAAUAAUAUAUUUUGCUUUUAUUUACACACAUUAAUGGGUGCAAUUAACUGACCAUUAAGAAACUUUUUAUCUGAAGAAUCAAAACUGAAAUCAUUAAAUGGAUUGCAGCUUGUAGUUGGAAAAACUGCAUGAACACUAUUUUGUUUCCCUCUCCUUGUUAAAACAUUAGGACUGCCUUAAUAUACCUGCAUCUGUCUGUACGAUAAAAUAAUUUCCGUUAUAUUAUAGACCACAUUUAAUCUUGGCUUCCUUCCUGGCUUUAAUUGUUUAUGUGAAAUCAAGGACUCUGAAGGUCUUUAAGAAUGUGAGAAUGCAAUGUGAAAGUCACAAUAAACAUGUUGUGGUAAUUUGUCUAAAGCUAAGGCUAAAUUAGAUAACAAUGUAUUGAUUUAGGAUUUUAACCAAAAUGAACUGCUGUGUUGCGGAUUGGUUCCCUAACAGAGUUGUAGCUAACAUGACUGAACUUAUCCCUCUUGCACCUCGCUUGUUAGUCUACUACCUUUCAACUCAAUACAGAUGCUUGUGUAGGCAGUCAAUAGUUAGAUUCACGCAGCUCUCUCAAAAGUGAUCAAAAUGUGAUGCUGUUUGUGCAAUAUGUUGAUUUAAAAUUAUCCCAGCUUUUCUGUUUAACAUAUGAUUGGAAGCAUUACUUUUUUGGUCUGAUUUCUCCUCCUCUACUUCAUUUUCAUGGAAUCAAGCUUCUCUAAUGACACUGUAUUUGCUGAUUGGGCUUUUGAUUUUAAUAGCAUUCUUGGAAUUGGAGUG